ACUUCACUUUGAACCAGUUCUGUCUUUCAGCUACUGGAACCUCUGCCAGCAUGGACAAAUCUAUCUGCACAUUAUUACUGCUAUUAUCCCUGCUAUCUAUUCACAGUGUGGGUGUGUACGGCGAGGGUUAUGCACUGUCGCCUAUUGAGCUUGCUCCCAUCCCCUGUAAUGACAAAGCAGUGGAGAAGCUGUCUCGUCUGGCUAUGACUUACAUCAAUGAGGAUCGCACAGAUGGCUACAAGUUUGCCCUCAACCGCAUUGCAAAUGUCCACCUGCACGCUCAGGGCCCAGCAGGCAAUGUGUAUUAUCUGGACCUGGAUGUCCUGGAGACCAAGUGUCACAUAGGCAGCCAAAAACCAUGGAAACGCUGUGACGUCAGACCAUUCAUGGAAACACAAAUCUCUGGCAUUUGUAACACCACACUGCUCCACACAACAGAGGGAUACUCCUACCUGUACAGCUACGACUGCACUCUUGUCCCAGAUCCCCCAGAGAAGCUCCAGCAGACCUGUCCAACCUGCCCAACACUUCUCCCAGUAGAGAGCCCACAGGCUGUGACUGCUGCUCAAGUCACUCUGGCGUCCUAUAAGAGACAGUCACCCAUGAAUGCAGGGCUCGGAGUGAAGAAGAUUACCAGAGCUGGAGUGCAGGUUAGACCUGUGAAAGCCAGCUUUGUGGAGUACAUAGUCCAACAGUGUCCAGAGGGAGUGACACAGAGAGGCACCUGCCAGCGGCUGACACUCGAGUCUGACACAGAGACUGCAGGUUUUUGUGCAGGAUCUGUGCACGGAGACUUGAAAGUCAAUCCUGAUGUCAAGGUGUCCUGUGAGAUGUUCAAAGCACAGAAUGUGGACAUCCUCAGACCAGUGCAGCCUCAGGGUCACAACAUCCCCCAGGACCCUGAGAUCCCAACCUUCCCACCUCUGAUCGACGAACCAUGGAAUGAUCCUCUGCUUGUUCCUUCUGACCCUACAUCGCCGCCUGCUGUUCAACCGGAGCUGUUUGACCCCACGCCCAUUCUUCCUGUGCCCUUUGACCCUGUGCCCUUUGACCCCCUCACCUCAUCUUCCAGUGAGUCUGAUGAACAUCUAGUAAACCAGCAACAGCGGCCACCGGGUUCUGAUUCUUUUGCUUCAUCCUCUGAAGAGAUUGGAGGCCCUGUAGCUCUGCGACCACCAUUUGAUUUUCGCUACAAGAGGCGUGACCGCAAGAAACGGCAGGCCUUGAUGGAGACAUCAACCUCUCACAACCCCACCUUUCUGGCUGAUUUCCCCAUUGGGACCUCUCCUUUCCGCUCCUGUCCUGGUCCGGCUCGAUACACCACAGUUUAACUAGUGCCUGCAGUGAGGGGGUGGACUGUUAAACUGCUCCGCUCCCUCUCACUGGAGGCUUGUAAUAAUUUGUGCUAAUGAGAGGAAUACUAUCUCUUUUCAUUGGAGUUGAAAGUACUUCUCUGCUGUAAUACUGCUCCCAAAGCAGCCAAGGCUUAAACCACAUGUAUUUGAAAAUGGCUUUACUCUUUGAACAACUAUUUGAAUAUAUCUUGGUUUGAAUCCCCUGUCAACUGCUUGGUGAAUUUACAUACUUAAGCUAACAGUCUGACAAUACUUAGGGUUUCUCUUUUGGUGAUAAAAUGGCCAUAAGAUUUAGAUUUUGGUGCUGAAUUUUAUAAGAGCUUAAACGACAAGUCUAUUGAUCAAUUACUUGAUUGAAAUAAAAUUAAUUUGUAACUUUUCGAAAGUAACUAAAGUUUAAAGUCAUUCAUGGGAAUUUACAAAUGAUUUGGGCCUAUUAAAACAAGACAUUUAAACACAUCACUGUCACAAAUUGUGACAGGCACUUUUUCAUGAGUUUAAUUGAUUUAUUUAAUUUAGUUGCAGCACUAAAAUAUUUAGCUGCAAUUUUUUUCUUACAACCCAUGUACUGAAUUAACAUUACACGAUGCCAUGAUAAUGAAUACAUUCAUGACAUUUUAAUCUUGCCCUAAAAUAUUUUACGGGAACACAAAGAGUAAGCUAGUUUUGCAAAAGAAGGCAAAAAUCAUUAUGAUAAUAAUUAGAGAAGGCAAGAAUUCCUGUGAGACAAUCUUAACGUACUGUGAGAGGAUGCAAAAGUAUUGUGAGGGAGCUAAAACAUAUUUCAAGGACAUGAAAAAAUAAAUUCACUGGGGAAAUAAAAUUAUAUUAUUGCGGUUUUACUAUGAUAUCUGAUCUGCUGACAGACUUAAACGUUUUUUAAAAAGUUAUUUUAAGGCAAUUCUCAUACAAUGCUGUCUUUAAUUGCAUACAGUUUCAUUCAUGCAUGUGACAAUUCAAUUAUAAACCUCAUCUGCCAAGAAUCUGAGCAAUGGAAUGUGGAAUGUUUCAGCUUUGAAAAAAAAUAUAUAAUUCUCAAUCUG